UCAUACUUUUUCAAGUUGUGCGAGAAUUCAUAUUCCACUGCAAAAUUGAAUCGAUCAUGAGCUCACUCUCGCCACUGCCAGUGAAAAAAGAACCCUCAGAACUAGAAUCCGUGAAGAGAAAACCUCGUUCAGAAAGCAAUGAUGAAAAGAAGAAGAAGCCAGCACUCACAGUGAAUAUCAAGCCAGAAAAGAUUAUCAGUGGUGAGUCCUCAAGAAGCUUAUGUGGUAUAUGCUGUAACUCGAAAGCAGAUCCUGAUAUGUUCAAAAGCAAUAGUUGCAACCACUCAUUUUGCGUUGGUUGUAUUUCCAAAUAUGUUGAAUCUCAAAUAAACAACAACGUUGUUAAAGUGACUUGUCCAAAUCCAAAUUGUUAUACCAAAUUGAAGCCAGAACAUUUGGUAAAUAUCAUUUCUAGAGAAUUUAUUGAUCGAUGGAAAUUCACAAAGUAUAAGUCUAAAAUUCCAUUGGAACAGAAGAUGUAUUGUCCAUUUGAGAAUUGUUCUAUUUUGUUGGUGAAUGAUAAUUCCGGCGGAGAAGUCGUUGUAACGAGCUGCGAGUGUCCGUAUUGUCAUAGAUUAUUCUGUGCACGGUGUAGGGUUCCAUGGCAUGCUGAGAUGAAUUGUCAAGAAUUUCAAAAUUUGAAAGUUCCUAAACAUGAACCGUUUGGAUAA